AUGAGAGACUCCGAGAAUAAGGGUUUGGGAUGCGCAAACCUUAGAAUGAGUAGCAUAGCAAGCAUUGUGUACCUGACUGUAGCCUCCGAGGAAGGAUUAGCAUUAGUAAUAAUUGAAAAGAAGAUGACGUUGCUGAAAAGGUACGUGAUGAGAAUGUUCAUAUCGUUAAAGUACAUAACGGCAAAUGUGGUGGACCGAAACAAUGGGCGAAUAGUGGCAACUGCCUCGACAGUAGAGAAUGCCCUUAAAAGCACGCUUGAGUGCAGUCGCACGUGCAAUGCCAAGGCAGCUGCAGUGGUGGGAGAAGUUUUGGCCAUGAGGCUGAGGGUUGAAGGGCUGGAGAAUGGGCAAGGUAGGGGAAUCUACGUGGACGUUGGCAAGGAGAUCGAGAGGAAAGGCCUUCAGAAUCGGACCAAGGUGUGGGCUAUUGUCAAUGCUCUCAAAAACAAUGGGGUUAAGCUGGUUCUUGAGAAUGUGUGAUUGAGUUCCUUUGGAAGGGCUUCAAGUACUGGAAUAGCGGAUUAGCUCCCCCGAAAGUGGCCUUUCUUGAAAGGGUUUCAGAGAUAUGGUUUGUUUCUGAGAAGUGUUGUCCCUUUCCCGUUGGUGUCUUCAAUAACAAGUCUUAUCGAUCAAAGAUGCAGGGUUCCAGAGUUUAUGUCCUGUUCUUUGAGUUCAGUCUCACGAGCGCAGCGAUCAGUCAAGUCCUUUCAUUGUUGAGUUCCAAAGCGCGUCUUAUAGAUGCAAAUCCUGAGAUAGGGCGAAGAGGAGAAUAAGUGAAGCCCCGGGACCCCUCUCUGAAACUAGCGCUAUCUUUGUAUGUACGCUUCGGUCCCUUCCCGUCGAUCGAGCUUUGAAGCUCAAUUACAUCGACCCUCAAC